CAAGUUUGCUGCUUCUUCUUCUUUUUUUUGAGUUUUCAUCCUUUUUGUUUUUCUAUUUGCCAAACGGGGUUUGAAGAUUUCUUCAACUCGUUGCCUGGGAUCAUGGUUUUAGCAUACGGGUAUUCUUAUAUUUGAUGAAAUUCCUCUGCGAGUUUUCCAUAUGUCGUGGGGAUGCAUUUUUAUUAAGAUUUUUGUCAAGCUAGUCUCUUGAAUGUGGGCCGGCUUGUGCGUUUGUUUGAUAGAAAUCCUCUUUUUUCUGGGUUUUCUUGUUGAGUGGAUUGUGAAGAUUUUUUUGACAUUACUGCAUAGAAUCUUGAGGUUGGGACAUGAGUAUGUUUCAAUUUGAGGAAGAAAUCAAGAUAUGCUCUCUCUGCGAGUCACUCGCACAUUCCGCAACUUUGCUGCUGCCGUUGCAUUAACUCAUAGCCCUGCAGCUGUAUCUAAUCGCAUUCAGAACCAAAACCAGAAGCCUUUGGAAGAACCUGCACUUCUUAAGCUUAAAGCUGAGAGAGACCCUGAAAAGCUAUUUAAUCUUUUCAAGGCCAAUGCUGAGAAUAGGCUUGUUGUGGAGAAUCUGUUUGCAUUUGAAGAUACCGUUUCUCGCUUAGCUGGUGCUAACAGGUUUGAUUACAUUGAGCAUUUACUUGAGCACCAAAAGACUCUUCCACAGGGUAGGCGUGAAGGGUUUAUGGUGAGGAUUAUAAUGUUGUAUGGAAAGGCUGGAAUGAUAGAGCAUGCUAUUGAUACUUUCCAUAAUAUGCAUUUGCGCGGCUGUAAAAGGACCGUUAAAUCCUUCAAUGCCGCACUCAAGGUUUUGACUGGAACCCGUGAUUUAGCAACAAUUGAGACCUUUGUUAACGAGGCCCCAAAGAAGUUUGAUAUCGAGUUUGACAUAGUUUCAGUUAACAUUAUUGUUAAGGCUUUAUGUGAAGGGGGUGUUUUGGAUAAAUCAUAUUUGCUCAUGGUAGAGAUGGAAAAGUCAGGGGUAAGGCCAGAUGUCAUCACAUACACCACACUUAUGUCAGCAUUUUAUAAGAACAACAGGUCAGAGAUUGGCAAUGGAUUGUGGAAUCUUAUGGUGCUUAAGGGAUGUUUACCCAAUCUUGCAACAUUUAAUGUUAGAAUUCAGUAUUUGGUCAACAUAAGACGGGCAUGGCAUGCAAAUGAUGUGAUGCGUUUGAUGCAGAGAAUCGGGAUUGUGCCCGAUGAGGUUACAUAUAAUUUGGUUCUAAAAGGCUUCUUCCAGGCUGGUAAUCUUGAGAUGGCCAAACUGGUGUAUUUUUCCUUACGUGGCAAGGGGCAUAAAUUUAAUGCUAAAGUUUACCAAACAAUGGUUCAUUAUUUAUGCAAGGGUGGAGAAUUUGAUUUGGCAUAUACGAUGUGUAGAGACUGCAUGAGAACCAACUGGUUUUUGAACGUGCAUACCAUUCAUACACUGCUUGAAGGGCUAAAGAAGAAUGGGCAGCUUAACAAGGCUAAGGUAAUCUUGACUUUAGCCCAGAGGAGAGUGCCACCUUUUCCUUCAAGUCAUUUGAGUUCCUUGCGAAAUUGUAUUGUCUAGAAGUUGAAUUGGGGUGAUGGAAAUACCCAGAUAAGCCUGAUUUUGUAACACCACAGCUUGACAGGAGAGACUAUUCUUUUCAUUAUAUCAAACAACAAAACUAAAUGGACAUCAUAUCUUCAUCCUUAACAUCAAACAGGGAACUUCCCCUUUCUUCGAUUAAUUGAUUUUAGCGCCUUGAUUAAGUUCCUGGUGAAAUGAAAGUUCUAAACUUCUAGUGGAUGGUAUCAUGAUUCUUCUUCAUUUGACUUAGAGUUCGAUAGCCAGCUGAAAAAGGUUUCAUCCUUUUCAUAUCUAUUACUUAGAUGGCAACGUUGGUAAGCAUCAAAUAUUUUGCACAUUUUUGUUUGUUGGGCUUAGCAGAUGCAUCGAGUUGAUUUGUGGAACUUACUGCUUCAUUGUUCUAAAUGCCUUAUAUUUCAGAUUUGAACUUUCGUUAAGUAAAUCACUGUAAGCUGAUAAAUGUUAAGAGUGAUGGCUGAUGUUUUGAUACAUUUUUUUUCUGUUUUCAUUGUUAUGUACUUAUAUUGGAGUAUGUGAUGCAGGACAGCUGGAGGCUGUUUUAAGGCUGCAAAUGCGAUGUGAAUAGUAAUUUUAGGGUUUGAGGUGAUCUUUUGAUGGUCAAUAGCUAUAGGACUGACUGGGCUAGAACGUGUGGAUGUUUAGUAAUUAAAUGGAGGUUGUUUGAUGAUUGGAAUAUGGGGGGGAUUUGAAUUGCUGGAAAUUGUAAAAACUAUAGCCACUCUAAAAUGGUUUCUAGAAGUCACACUAGAGGAUAGAAAACGAAGCUUCACACCUAGAGUUCUUAGGAGUCACACCUAAGAGAAGAUUGAGUUUCUGGAAUUUUUAUUCAUGAACUGAUUCUUUCUGUAUUGAAAGAUUACAUAACCUUUAUAUGGACUGAAUCACUUCUAUUCAAUGAUAUUUACUAACGGAUAGGUAGGAACAAAAAGUCGACACAUUGGAGGGUUCUAAUGAAAUUGAUUCAUGAAUACAUGCUUCUUGUCCCGCCGUCAGGGAAAAAAGGCAUCCUUUGCUGUUCUUGAAAUCCAUCCUUCUGCUCAAAUGGUACGAAUUCUUACCUUUUUCGUAAUUGUAACUGUACGGGACAAAAUUUACAAUUCAAAAUUGGCACAGCCUGAAAGGGAAGAGAGGAGACCUGUAAAAAGGAUGCUGUUGCGAAGUAAUGGGGCCACGGCCACUAGGUGGAAUAUUUUAAUGGGGCUCUUUGACAGCAGAAAAUGCAUUUGAAUUGACACAUUCUUGAUCUGGAUAAAGUGGGAUUGCUAGCAACAAUUGGUGCUGCAUUUUUGGGCAUGAACAAUAAUGUCCUGUGAUUGAGAUACCUGAACGCCUUCCGCUGCGUAUUGUGAAUUGAGUUUAGUUGUUUAUAG